UCGCCCAUAAAGAGGGAGAACGUUUAAUCCUAGAGUGAAACAGAUCGGGUACGCGAAAACGCUCAGAAACCCGGAAAGCACCGGAAAACUUCUCGGAUGUAUUGGUUCUCACGUGCGAUGUUCCGUACUCCACAUACGCUACAGUUGUGCUCGGUCCAUUACAAAACUUUCAUCGAUGCGAUCCAUGCACUCCAAAGUCGGAUCAGCCAAAAGGUCUUGUGCCGCUCAUGUUCGAGCUCGAGCCGUGUCAGCGGACCCGCAAGAAAAUACGAUGUCGACCCGAGUCAGUUCCCACAGGAGAACAUUCGAAAUUUCUGCAUCGUCGCUCACGUCGAUCACGGCAAGAGCACGCUUUCGGACCGCCUCCUCGAGUUCACGGACACGAUUCGAACAUCGAAAGACAACCAACAAGUCUUAGAUCGCCUCCCGGUCGAACGCGAACGAGGUAUCACCGUCAAGGCGCAAACGGUGUCUAUGGUCUACCACCGACCCGGCCACGAAUCGCCGUUCCUCCUUAACCUCAUCGACACACCAGGUCACGUAGACUUCAGUUACGAAGUGCUACGGUCCGUAGCCGUCUGCCAGGGAGUCAUCCUGCUCGUAGACGCCAAUCAGGGGGUGCAAGCGCAGACGGUAGCCAACUUCAACAUGGCCUUCUGUUCGGACCUCACCAUACUCCCCGUGCUGAACAAGGUAGAUCUCAAGAAUGCCGAUGUCGAGGGGGUGACGUCUCAGAUGGAGAACCUCUUCGGUACCAGGAGGGAGGACGUCCUCAAGGUGUCUGCUAAGCUUGGCACGGGUGUCGAAGAACUUAUCGAAGCAAUCAUCGACAGAAUACCAUCACCGAAGGGUGAUGCUGACGCGAAAUUUCGCGGGUUCCUGUUAGAUUCCUGGUACGACCGCUACCGCGGCGUCAUCGCGCUUUUGAUGGCUGUCGACGGAACACUCAGACUAGGAGACGAGAUAAUCUCGCACAUGACGGGAACCAGCUAUACGGUGCGGGACCUUGGGUUCUUGAAUCCCCUCGAAACACCAACCGCCAUGCUGUGUGCUGGACAGGCCGGCUACGUUGUUGCCAACAUGAGGUCACCCAAAGAAGCCCACGUUGGAGACACCCUGUCGCACAAGUCUGCGGCCAUCAAGCCGCUGCCCAAGCUGGAAGAAUCUAAGCCAAUGGUCUUUGCCGGCAUUUACCCGGAAGACCAGUCGCAAAACAAUGAACUGAGGAGCGCCAUUGACCGUCUGCUAUUGAACGAUCCCAGUGUCCAGGUGUCCAUCGAGAGCAAUCCUGCUUUGGGGCAGGGCUGGCGGCUUGGUUUCCUCGGUCUCCUCCACAUGGAUGUCUUCUGCCAGAGACUGGACCAGGAGUUUGAUGCUCAGGUUGUGGUCACGGCACCGAGCGUCAGCUACAAGGUCAAGGUCCACGGUGCUAAGAACAUCAAAAAGUAUGGCGGGGAGAUGGUGACCGUGAACAACCCCCUCCACCUUCCGGACAGGUCCAUCAUCAAGGAAUACUAUGAGCCGAUGGCCUUUGGUACCAUCAUCACUCCGGGCACUUACCUCCGCGACGUGACGAGUCUGUGCGUUGACCGGAGGGGUGUCCCCAAGAGCACGCAGGACGUGGAUGACAACACCAUACUGCUCCAGUACAAGUUUCCGCUCAACGAGAUCAUCGUCGACUUCUACGACGAACUCAAGUCUAUCACAUCCGGCUACGCGAGCUUCGACUAUGAGGAAACCGGGUAUGAGGAAAGCAGUCUUGUCCAGAUGCAGAUCCUCAUCAAUGGCAAGGUGGUAGAAGAGUUGACCACCAUCGUGCACACAACGCGAGCCCAGCGGGUGGGUCGUUCUAUGCUUCUAAAACUUAAAGAGUGCAUUCCGCAGCAGUUAUACGCUGUUGCGCUACAGGCUGCCGUGGGGGCCAAGGUCCUUGCACGGGAAGACAUCCGAGCACUGAAGAAGAACGUUCUUGCUAAGUGCUACGGUGGUGACAUCACCAGGAAGGUGAAGUUGCUCAAGAGGCAUUCGGAGAAGCAGAAAAAGCUUAGGCUCAUCGGUAAUGUGGAAGUCCCACGAGAUGCCUUUAUCAAGGUGCUAAAGCGAACGUGAGGAACUGUGCUUUGUUGGUUUAGGUUUUAGUCAUAGGUUGGACUGGACCUGACUGCUGGUCCUCUUGUCAAAAUGUGAAGAAGCUGGUGGAAAUGUUUGUAGUUCAGGCCUUUGUGGUAACCUUAUGGCUGUUUAACUUCAUAAGGGUUGUACAUAUCAGGUGUGUGCCAGUUUGUUCUUUGUAGCAUGAAAGAGAUUGGCACGUGCCUCAAGCUAUGUUUACCUCAAACUACGUCAUGUCUUAUUUGAAUAGAGAGAGGAAGUGGAAAACUGCCAUGUUAAUGCUUGUUGGCUGCUCUGAAAUGAGAAUGAUUGGUCCGUUUUUUAGGCACAAGAAGUACAGAGGAAAAAAGCUACAGCAUUGAAAAGUAAACUCACUAGUCAAAGCAUA